AAGACGGGCCUCGGUGCACGGUUGCAGGGCACAGGAGACAUGUGCGAGGGGCCCUCCCGCAUCUCGGGUCCCAUUCCCCCAGAUCCUUCACUCUGCCCCGACUACUACCGGAGACCCGCUUCGGCCCUAGGACGCCUGGAGGGAAAUGCGCUGAAGCUGGACUUGCUGACGAGCGACCGGGCCACCCCCUCUCCCCGAGGCCCCCACGUUACUCCUGGAGCCCGAGAGAUCCCGGGGCAGGGCCAGCAGGGCGUGGGGAGCGUGCUGCUGCAGUUUGGUGGCAUCUCCUUAGGCCCAGAGGCCUCUCCCAAGAGGAAGGACCCUAAAGAUCAUGAAAAAGAGAACCUGAAGCGGAUCAGGGAGAUCCAGAGGCGCUUUCGUGAGCAGGAGCACAGCCGGGAGCAGGGCCAGCCCAGACCCCUGAAGGCUCUGUGGCGCUCACCCAAGUACGACAAAGUGGAAUCCAGGGUCAAGGCCCGUCUGCAGGAGCCUGGCCCUGCCUCCAGAACAGAGCCUGCCCACUUCCUGCGGGCACACUCCCGUUGUGGCCCUGGGCUCCCACCACCUCGUGCCCCCAGUCCUCAGCCCAUCCCACAAGGUGCCAAUGCCAAGGGGCCAGGCCUUGAUGUGGACUUCAUUAGCCACAAUGCCCGCACUGCCAAGAGGGCCCCUCGGCGGCACUCCCGCUCACUACAGGUCCUGGCACAGGUGUUGGAGCAACAGCGGCAAGCUCAGGAGCACUACAACACCACACAGAAGGGCCAGGUGCCCCAGUAUUUGUUGGAACGCAGGGAUCUAUGGCGCCGGGAGGCUGAGGCCCGCCAAAACAGCCAGCCAGACCCUGCCUUGCCUCCUGGCCAUAGUCGCAUGCCUGAGAGCCAGCGGCUAGAGACACUGAGCAAUCUGCUCCAGAGACAGAACCAGCUCCUGCGUGAGCUAGUGCUCCUGCCAGCCGGGGCAGACUCUCUGAGGGCCCAGGGCCACCGCGCCAAGCUGGACCAGAAGCUGGUAGAGAUCGAAGAGGCUAUCAAGAUCUUUUCCCGUCCCAAAGUCUUUGUGAAGAUAGAUGCCUGAGGCCACCGUGGAUAUCCUAACAAAGGCUUCCUUCUUGAGGCUCAGCCACUGGUUGGGGCAAAGGAUGGAUUUGGGCCCUGUCAGAGUGGG